AUGUCUCAAAGCGCCAAGUCAAUGUCCGUUCCACCAUCACCACCUCCUAAAAUGUUGAAGCAAUUGCAACGUUGGUCGGGAAUUACCUUCUCAGUUUUUGUAACCUUACACGUGGCUACAACUAUUUCUGCAGCCUUAUCUCCAUUGAAAUAUGAUUCUGUUCUGGAAACAACUAGAGGAAUUUAUAGACCAAAUAUGAUUGUUGAGGGUUUGGUCGUAUUCGCUCCACUUGCUGUUCACAUGUUUGUCAAUUCACUUCUCUCAUUCACUCAAAAGAAGGCAGCAGAAGUCGAAGCAGCAACAGCUUCAUUAUCAAAGAAAUUACACAGUAUUACUGGAUAUAUUCUUUCAUUCCUUAUUCCAAUGCACAUUUUUGGUAAUAGAUUUAAAAAUUCAUUUAAUGCUUCAUUUGCUUCAAUUGCUUUUGUGGCUGAGAAGGAAAUGGGUAUGGUAGGUGCUUUGGGAUUCUUUGGAUUCUUAUUGGCAUGUGGAUUGUAUCAUACUAUUUAUGGAUUGAAUAUUGCUCUUGGAUAUAAAUUGAAGAAACCAUUAGUGAUGGCUUUGAUUAUUGCAGCUUUAUCUGCUUCCUAUUAUGGUAUUUUGGGAUUUGUUGGAUUGUUGUAUCCUGAUCAAAUGGUUGCUGUGAGAGCUCAGUAUGAUCAAUUCGCUAAUUAA